AUCAUUGUACUGAUAGGAAGGUUCAAGAGGCUUCUCCAUUAUAUGCCUAAUGUGGUGUUUGUGGAGAGAGAGAAAUAGAUGGUCCUUCAAAGGCAUAGUGUCCUAUUCAUUGCUUGAAAGGAAUGGUGCUAGUUUCCUUGGUUUUUUUGGCUUGGAGAGAUGUUUCCUUUUCCUUGUGUUCUUUUGUAUAUAUUUUUGGGGAAUUGUAUUUCCUUGUAGAUAAAUGGGUCCUCUUCUCUUCAAGAGAUUAUAUUUUAUGUUCUUAUAGAGCUCAACCAUAUCUACAUGCGAUCUAUAUUCUCAUAUCUCCAUAUGAGCUAAUGGUUAACUGAUUGGUGCUUUCCUUUUUUCUAGAUUAGUAAAGCACACAUGCAAGUGCGCGCACGCACACACAAAGGCAUCAAAAAGGGGCCACAACCUUAUCCACAUGAUCUAUGCAGAUAAUCUUUAAACCCUAAUCCAUUUAAUGAAAGUAUUCUCUAAUGAAUCUGUAUACAGAUCAAUAUUGCUCUAUGGCCUCGUUUCAAGAUGGUAUUUGACAUGCACCUGAGCAGCUUGCGAAAUGCAAAUGUGAAGACGUUAUGGGAAGAUGAUGUACAUCCUCACUAUGUGAUGAGGCGCUAUGCUGAGUUUACUGCCUCACUUAUACAUCUUAAUGUUGAAUAUGGAGAUGGUCAGCUUGACCUGAACUUGGAAAGACUGAGAAUGGCUAUUGAUGACUUGCUUGUCAAGCUUGCGAAAAUGUUUCCAAAGCCAAAGUUGCAGACAGUUUUUCUAAUAAACAACUAUGACAUGACAAUUGCUAUAUUGAAGGAAGCUGGUGCUGAAGGUGGGAAGAUUCAACUGCACUUUGAGGAAUUGCUGAAGAACAGCACAGCGAUUUUUGUGGAAGAAUUACUGCUAGAGCAUUUCAGUGAUCUUAUCAAGUUUGUAAAGACCAGAGCCUCUGAGGAUCCAACUUCUGGCCCAGAGAGGGCAAUAACAGUUUCAGAGGUUGAGCCGCUUGUGAAAGACUUUGCAAGUAGAUGGAAAGCUGCAAUAGAGCUGAUGCACAAUGAUGUGAUUACUUCUUUCAGCAACUUCUUGUGUGGAAUGGAGAUAUUACGAGCUGCAUUGACACAGCUGCUGCUUUAUUAUACAAGGCUCACAGAUUGCAUAAAGAGGAUUGUUGGCGGGACUGCCCCAAACAAGGAUCUUGUUUCCAUAUCUUCAAUUAUGUACGAAAUCAAGAAGUACUCGAGGACCUUCUAGAUCUCUCAUUCAUUCAUUGAUUUUGUGCUCUGCCCUUACAAAACAAAC